CCGCUUCACAAUUCCGGGCUCCUCAGCCCAGUUGUGUUCCAGUCUUCUCGACCGGCCGGUUCCACCACCGGUCCAGCAUCAGAGGGAGGAGGAGCCGGAUCUCCGGUGAGGUCGAGGAUGGCGAACGGCGGCGGCUACGGGUGGGCCCUCGCUGCGGGCUGCAACGCCGCGUUCGCCGCCAUCUCCGCCAAGUUCUUCGCUACUCUGUUCCCUGCUUCAUGGCACAAUUUACACUGUCACUUACUCUGCUCUCGUCAAACUCAGCUGCUCAAAUAUGGUAUGGUGAUACUUUUCAACGUGACAAUGUGGGGGUGUUAUGUCAACAGCCUCAAAGCUUUGUCAUCCCUCCAGGCAACAGUCACAAACUUCGCUGCCAACUUCAUCUCGUCAGGGCUUGCAGGGUAUUUCCUGUUUCAUGAGCCCCUGCCUUCUAAGUGGUUUGCAGGUGCCAGUCUUAUCAUUCUUGGUGUUUUUAUCCUUAGCAAAUCAAGCAUAGUGGAGAAACAGAGCUCGGACUAGGAGGAAGUUUUGACCAUUAGUGUUAGCUGUAACAUAAGCUGAGCCUGCUUAUUCUUCUUGUAUUGUAUGUUCCCAUGGGAUGUUUGUCCAUCCCAAUGCAAUCAGAAACCGGACCAUGACUUUGUCACUCGGUUAAUACAAUGUGCCUAUUAUGGUCUGCAAUGU